CAUGGAUAUGGAGAAAAAAGUAAACAUGACUCAUAACAUUCGAAGAGGCGAAUGAAGUCUCAAAGACCCAAAGCCUCUAUAAAUUAACGAAAAAAAAAAACUCACAACAUUCGCGGUGUGAGUCGGUGUGAAUAUCAAUUCGCGUACAUAGUUUCCCCCGGAUGGCCAUAAAUUUGCGACCAACUCGCAGAUAGUUAACCUUGAACACGACCAAAGACGAGUGUGAAUUGUUUAACCAUUUCUGCUUUACGCGUACCCUAGAAACCAUUGCUAGCCAUGAAUUUCAUUGUUUCGCUGUUGUUGAUCGGUGUGACGUUUUUCUUGAUCUGCUGGAUGAUCCGAUGCUGCUGCACAAGGCGUAGUAAGGGUGCUAUCAUAUCACCGCCCGUGGUAAUAAUCUCCGACGUUCAUCGUGAGGCACCGCGAAACACAACCACACAAGUCCAUACGAUUGUUCAGGGUCAUCCGACAGGUACGUCCGCGUAUCCGGCAAUACCGGCUGCCUACCCGGCACAACAUCCAGCUCCGUAUCCCGCCCAACCCUACAUGCAGCAUUACCCUCUUCAAACAUCGGCCGCACCACCAACCGCUCCUCCACACCAGCAGCCGACUCCCGUACAGUUUCCGUCCCUGCCCAACACCGGCAUGCAGUACCCGGCACCUCCGGCCGCAUCAGCAAUGCCCGGCCCACCUGAUGCUCGGAUGUUCAAUCCACCGAGCUAUGACCAGGUGGUGGCUGAAUCACUCCCAGUACAGCCACCGUACAAUCCGAACUUCAAAGGUUAACUGACCAAUGCAAGGCCAUUUCGAGAGGAAUCUUAAAAUCAGGUUUUGGGGCUGGAAACGGGAAGAGAAACCCUACCGGCAUAUGUUCCAGUGAUGGUUACGUUUCUUGUACCCUGGAAUGUAUUAGACUGUACCAUGAUAAGUUACUGUAUGAGAUAAGUCGCUUCCAGUAAUAGUGCACGAUGUUAUUGCGUCGAAAUCCAUGUACGUGCCAGCAGAAUACUCUUAAAACUAGGUAUGUCGUUUAUAAAAUCGAAGAUUUAUCAAAUGUUUAAGAUUUGACGGAGAUAUAGGUUACGAAACCGAACAAAAUAAAAGUUAAGAAUAAGGAGGACUCUUUUCUCAUCUACAA